CUUGAUAUUGGGGCGGUGAAAAAGCUUCUUCUCCAACUGAUUCCUUCGAGAUUUCGCAAAUUCCCUCCAUCCUUACGGCUUGGAGUUUCUUCCAGCUUCUUCUCUUCUCCGUUGCAGCUCUCCCUGUCGUCGAUUGCUUCAACUCUCAACGGCGAAAAGGUACAUUUCGCAUGCCCUAGAUAGGACCCUCGGCCGUUGUGAGCAGGAUUUAGCUUUUUCAUUCUGCAGUGACCUUCCGUUGAUGGAUUACAGCUUCAGUGAAACUAUAGAAUUUUGUGACUCAGAGAUAGAUGUUUAUGCGACCAACUUUUACCAGCAACUGAAGUCAGAAGAGCUCAAAGUGAAAGUCACAGACAACAUCUAUAGAUGUCCUUUUUGUCAUAAAAAGAAGACGCAAAAUUACAAGUACAAGGAUCUGCUUCAGCAUGCUACAGAUAUUGCUGCUACUAACAAGAACGCAAAGGUGAAGGCAAACCACCAGGCCAUUGUAGAAUUUCUGAAGAAUGAUAUUUCUGAUGAUUCAAGUCCGUCACAACUUUUGAUUACUAAAAGAGAGCAUCUGAAAGCUGAACAGGAUGAACAAUUUGUCUGGCCCUGGAUGGGAAUCCUUGUUAAUGUUCCAACAGAAUUCAAGAAUGGAAAGUAUGUUGGUGAAAGUGGCAAUAGGCUUAAGGAGCUGCUCUCUAAAUUCAAUCCCAUAAAAUUCCACUCUUUGUGGAAUUUCAGGGGCCAUACAGGAAAUGUGGUUGUGAACUUCAGCAAAGAUUGGAUUGGAUUUAGGGAUGCAAUGGCUUUUGAGAACUAUUUUUAUGCUGAUCACUUUGGUAAGAUGAAUUGGGUUGAAAAAAGGAAUUCUAUUCCAGGAAUAUAUGGAUGGGUGGCUCGUGCUGAUGACUAUUAUUCAGGAGGUCCUAUUGGAGAACAUCUGCAAAAACAUGGAGAUUUAAAAACUGUUGAUGAUAUAACUAAUGAGGAGUCUAAUAAAAUGAGCAAACUUAUUCAAGAUUUGGCAACUCUGAUUGAAGUCAAGAAAAAGCACAUUGAGGAGCUUGAGGACAAAUACAAUACAUCAACAUUGUCUCUCAAUAAGAUGAUGGAAGAAAGGGAUAAACUACAUGAAUCUUAUAAUAAUGAAAUUCAAAGAAUGCAGCAACUCGUCCAAGAUCAUUCUCGUAGAAUAUUUGAUGAGAAUGAGAACUUAAGGACUGAGCUGGAGUCUAAGAGAAGAGAACAUGCAUUCAGAUCCAAGCAACUGAAUACAUUAGCAGCUCAAAGUGAGUCUGAGAUAAGGAAACUUGAAGAUGAAAAGAAGAAGAAUGCUAUGAAAAAUAGUUUACUUGAGUUGGCUUCCUUGGAGCAGAAGAAGGCCGAUGACGAUUUUCUGAGUCUCGUUGAAGAACAAAAGAAAGAGAAGGAGGCUAACAAUAAGAAGAUACUUAAUCUACAAAAGCAACUAGAUGCAAAGCAAAAACUUGAGCUAGAAAUACAGCAGCUGAAAGGCUGUCUAGAAGUAAUGAAGUUAAUGGGAGGGCAAGAUUUGGUAGUUCACCAGAAAAUAGACCAGCUUAAUGAAGAACUCAGAGAGAAAAAUGAAGAAUUGGAAGAUCUUGAAGUACUUAAUCAAGCUUUGGUUGUUAAAGAAAGAAAGAGCAAUGAUGAGCUGCAAGAAGCUAGAAAAGAGUUAAUAUCUGGUGCUUCAGACAUACUCGGCAACCGAACAAUGAUAGGGAUCAAGAGGAUGGGCGAACUUGAUGAAAAAAUAUUUCAUGCUGCAUGUAUAAAAAGAUAUCGGAAAGAUGAGGCAGAUGUAAAAGCUGCUGAAUUUUGCUCCAAGUGGCAAGAUGAAUUGAAAAUUCCAGAGUGGCAUCCUUUUAGAAUUUCCUCUGUUGAUGGAAAGCUUAAGGAGGUCAUACAGGAAGAUGAUGAGAAAUUGGUCGCUUUAAGAUGCGAGCUGGGCGAUGAGGCCUACAGGGCUGUGACAUCGGCCUUAUUGGAGAUUAAUGAGUAUAAUCCAAGCGGCAGAUACGUCAUCAAUGAACUCUGGAGCUACAGAGAGGGACGGAGAGCAACUCUGAAAGAGGCUAUCGAGUUUGUGAUGAAGCAUUUGACGUCGCAGAAGCGGAAGCGAUGACUGCAUUUCUAAGUUGAUUAGGGUUAUGUCGUUUAUGUCUGUGUUCAACAUUUUGUAAGAUGGAAGGUUUGGCUGACCGUUCUUUUGCACGUUUCAAGAAUCACUUCCAUGUAAUUUUUUGGCUGCCCAAUGUUCUUUAGUUAGAUGCACAUUUAUUAUGUUAAGUAUUAAUGUAUUAUAUUUGGAUGGGCAAUUGCAGUCUUUUGUAGAGUUGUGAUAA